AGACCCAAAACAGUACCCGUAUUUUCCUAAAAGAAGGAUUUGCAGGGAGGGCGCAACUUGAUUUGCCUUUCCCGUGGCCCGAGGGUGGCCGGGCUGGUUGUUGGGGUGGAGGAUUGGAACAAAGAGCCUCUCCUUUCCUCUUUCCCCUACAGCAGCAUAUUUGCAACAAAGAACAUCUUGUGUGGGGAGGCAGGCAGGAAGAAAGGGAAGAAGGGAUGCAGCAUUAAUAUUCCCUUCAGGACUCGUGGCUGGAAUAAAUUCCGGGACAGCAAGAAGAGGAGACGGCAGCAACAAAGGAUCCGGCCAGAGAUCCCACCCUGCACUUGAGAGAAUUAUGUUCCGGUUCAUGAGAGAUGGAGAACCAGAGGAUCCGAUGUUUGUGAUGGACCCUCUUGCCAUCCACCACCAGCAUGUGAACCGCGUGCUCUCAGGUGGCUUUGGUUACAGUCCCUUCCUCAGCAUUGGCAAUGGAACCAUACCUGGAACACGUCAAACCAGCCGAAGAAUGCCGGCAGGAACUGUUUCCCCCUUUGGGAUGGUAGGAAUGGCAGGUGGUUUUAUGGACAUGUUUGGAAUGAUGAACGACAUGAUUGGAAAUAUGGAGCACAUGACGAGUGGUGCCAAUUGCCAGACGUUCACUUCCUCAACUGUCAUAUCCUACUCGAAUCUGGGGGAUGGCCCCAAAGUCUACCAGGAGACCUCGGAGACACGCUCUGCACCUGGUGGGAUCCGGGAGACGAGGCGGACAGUGCGAGACUCUGACAGCGGCUUGGAGCAGAUGUCCAUUGGGCACCACAUCCGGGAACGUGCACACAUCAUGCAGCGCUCACGCAACCAUCGCACGGGGGACCAGGAGGAGAGGCAAGACUACAUCAACCUGGAUGAGAGCGAUGCGGCAGCAUUUGAUGAUGAGUGGAGGCGAGAGACAUCCCGCUUCCGGACACAGAGAGGGCUGGAUUACAGGCGUCACGAGGGGAGCAACAGUCGCAGGGCUGAGGGGACCCGCCUUGCUAUUCAGGGACCUGAGGAGUCUCCGACCAGACAGUCGCGCCGGUAUGACUGGUGAAUCCAGAGCAGACUUAAGGGGGGGUGCGAUGCGGUCACCCCCAAAUCUACCUUCAUGCUCUUGUACAGACAGUGAAACUCUGAUGGUGAAGCCCCUACAAAACAUCUCUUGGACCUUCCUCAAGUUGAAUACUAGCCUUGUGCCCCUCUUAAAAUUUAAAUUAAGCGACUAACUCUCUCAGCACAGUAUAGAGCAGGUGGCCAAGGGGAACAUGAAGGAUCUUGUCCAUGAAUGACACAUCUGCUUUACUUUGUUUUUCCUCUAACUCCUCCCUGCCCCCCACUGAGCUCCCCAAUCCCUCCCCUUCGUGUUUUUGGGGGGAUGCAGGAAUAUUCUCCUGGAGUUUUGCCAUCCCCUCUGUAUUUCCUACUCCAAGUUUGGCUGGUUCUGGAAAUUAUAUUUAAUCUAUCUACCCACCUCAAGUGGCAACCAUGUAACGAAGUCUGUUGAUCUGCUAUUAGUCUGAAGCACUUGGAAAAUAACCUUUGGUCACCUUUGCUCUCAGUCUGCCUGCCCCGGAAAAACGGGGCAUGUAUGAAGGGGUGCAAGGGAUCGGGUGAGGUGUAGACAAACCAAACAGGCCUACCUCUCUGCCCCAACCCUGUCAGCUCCCCAUCUUAUAAAAUUUGAUUUUGUGAAACUUGUAACUAGAUGUUUACUGAAUUGAAUAAAGAAAUGGAACCUGUAAAGCAA